AUGGCGGGCCUUACCGUAUCUAAUCAAUUCACACUCUCCAGUUCCGACUCUUCAUCUGUUGACGACGAUGCUCCACUCCCAUUCCCUGAAGCUCUACCUCGCGCCGACUUUCUCGCUGAAGACUUUCAACCUGCUGCUUACCUAUCCGCUUUACCGAAUCGUCACCAAACACUUGAGGAUCUAAGGUCGGACUUGCGCGACCGAAGUGCUGCUAUUAGCUCUGAGCUGCUCGAACUCGUCAAUUCAAAUUACACAGCGUUUCUCUCCCUAGGUAGCGAGCUACGUGGCGGCGACGACAAGGUCGAAAAUGCCAAAGUUGCCCUGCUAGGCUUCCGCAGAGCUGUUGAAGAAGUCAAAGCAAAAGUGACGGAGCGAAGGGAAGAGACUAAUACUCUCAAUGGGGAGCUACAUGGUGUACGAUCUGCUGUCGAAAAGGGUCGAAAGAUGAUGGAGGUAUCUGAGCGGCUUACAUCCUUAGAAGAACGACUCUCCUUGGACAGUCUGCCAGCCGAUGAAGAUUUGGAUGAAGAUAGUGAGGAUGAAGAUGAGGACGACAAUUACGGAAGCUCGACUGCGAAAUUACUCACUUCGGCUCAAGAAUGUAGCCGGGUUACAAAGCUUCUUGGGUCCAUGGACCCCGACACACCAUACGUGAUCAAGAUGGAGGAACGCUUGACACGCUGCAGAAACACAUUGCUGAUAGACUUGGGCAAUGCGCUGAAAGAAGCCAAAAAGGCCGGCGUUAAAGGUCAGGACCGAGUCCUCAAGUGCCUGGCGAUAUAUAGAGUGCUAGAUGCACAAUCAGAGGCCGUCAAGGCUCUCCGAGGUGGUUGA